AUGGCGUGCAACCCGUGCAACUGCUCGAAGGGCACGCACUUCGCAGGCUCGCCCGAGGAGUCGGUGCCGUCGUUCAAGUCGAAGGACAGCAUUAAGCUUGCGAAGGCGGUGGAGGAGCUUAAGCUGCUCAAGGCCAAGAUGGGCGACAAGAAGCCGCAGACCGCAGGGGCGGGGGCGGCCGCGGACGCUGCGAACAAGCAGCGCCUCGACGUCAUCACUGCGAAGCUCAAUAGCAUCCAGGGCUUGGUGGGCUCGCCCGACGUCGGGGAGGCCGAGCUGCGCGAGUCCCUGGAAGCCACCAGGGCCAAGCUGGAGGAGGAGCAGGUGCAGUUGCGCGCGACGAUCUUCAGCUCCAAGCCCAAGGGCGCGCAGUUCAAAAGGAUCUCCGACCAAAUCAAGAAGGUGGAGAAGCAGGUCGAGAAGGGCCGUGCGGAAGUGGCGGCGAUCGCGGAUCAGAAGCGGGAGCUGGGGGCCGAGCAGGCGCGCGUCGUGGGCAUGGCCCCCGCGCCUCCAGGCGGACCUGGCGCUGACCUGGAUGGCCUGGUUGUGGUGGGCGGGGUCUCGAUCACGGCUGGUUUCUUGGGGCGCGUGCUGGGCGGUUUCCACGUGGACGCGGCCGCCCAGCGCGCCAUCAGCGAGCAGGCCCUCAAGCUCGAGCAGCAGCGCAGAGGCGCCCGCGCGGCGGUGGCGGAGGAGGCAGCUGCUCAGGCGAAGGCCAGGCCGAGGGCGCAGUUGGCGUCGAGCUGGAG